ACAGGUUAAGUAACAGAUCACAGAACACCACAGAAAAUAUUCUGACAAGUUCAGACAAGUUUAGAGAAGUUCUAACAAAAUGCAAUACAGAUUCUAAUAAUUUGUGAAGUUAUUCGUUAAUUUUUGCUUAAUUAUGGCUUACGUUAAUGUAAAAGACUGGUCAACAGAACAAGUAACUGACUGGCUAAAAGGUCUAGAUAGUUCAGUUGCUCCCUAUAUUAAAUCAUUUUUAAACAACGAAGUUAAGGGACACCAGUUACUAAGUUUAAGGUCUGAUGAUUUAGAGCAUUUAGGUGUACUGACUUUGGGGCAUCAAGAAAUAAUUUUAGAAGCCGUUGAGCAUCUCAGAAAUUUUCAUUAUGAACUGGAUAGAGAAAAUUUACAAAUGCUUGCAUUAAAACUAUCUUGUGCAGCAAAUUCCUUAAGUAAAUCUUUGCCUAUUACUGAUGAUGAUUGUAAAAUGGUGCCAACUCAAAUAAUGUCGGAUGUUCAUACUGUUAUUCAAGCUGCAAAGCCUUUAGUUUGUUGGCUUGAUCGUUCUCCAUUUUAUGGUGAUAAAACCUACAUGGAUAUAAAAAGUCAAUUGUUACAAUUAGCUUUUGAAAUGGCAACAAGUGCACAUAGAGAUAUAUUUUCAGAAAAGCCUUUGAAAACAAUUCGUAACAUUUCAGAGUCUUUAGCUCAAUUGGCUGACAAUAUUAUACAGGAUAUUUGUGAUCCAAUGAUAUUACAGACAGCGUUUCUUGCAUUAGCUACUUUGAAAAAGAAAGAACAAGAAUUGGGUUUCUUUUUAGUGUCCAGUUGCAAUGCUGCACACCAAAUUGCAGAAAUAAAAUAUGGCUCACCUGCUCAUGUUAGUACUAAGAUAGAGGAAGGUGAUGAAAUUGUUCAGGUGAAUUACCAGACUGUGGUCGGUUGGCAACGCAAAAAAGUGCUUUUAGUUCUUCAAGAGUCACCACCUGAAAUAGUGUUGACAUUAAAGAAAAGGCCGCGACAUACUAAAGUUUACGGUCAAAUUUAUAUGAAACCCUACAGAUUGCCUAGCAAGAAAAGGGCUAUACCGUAUUCUCGGUGGAACGAUAAUUUGCCAUCACCCCAACUUUUAGCGAUACAUGAUUUGCCACCAAUACCAAUGCCAAGACCACCGCCGACAACAGAAAAUACUGAAUUAGAAUUGGAAUCAAGUAGUAGCAGUGACAGUGAACCUCUAGAUAGUCCCUUGGUUGGAACCGGGAGGGUGUAUCCGCUAAAGCCACGUCCUGUUUUACAACGUCGACACACGAUAACGGGUGCAAGUCCUAUCAGUAAACGACCCUAUCAAGCUUUUGAACAAUAUUGGCAAUUAUGGAAAAACCAAGCAAGCUCUUAUAAUAUUGAUAGCAAUAAAUUGGAUGAAGAAACGGCUUUCCUGCGAGAUAAAAGUGCUUCCUGCAGUUAUGGUUUAGAAUUAGGUGCUCGACCUUCUACUGUACUUGGUAUUUCCCAAAAUAAAGAUUUAAAGGGUAAUUUAAACAAUUUCCGAAAAUGCUUACAAGAAAAACCGUUUUCAUCAAAACGAGUGAAUUUCGAAGAUAAUAUGAAAAUAAUUUAUGAUGAAACAGAUACAAAGAGAAAUCAGUUAGGACAUGCUAGUCUAGGUACAAUGCCAAAUAGCGUAAGCGUUACGAGCUUAAGCAGUUUAAGUGAAUCACUUGAUUUUAUCGAUGAAAGUGACGAUAUUACAGACAGAAGCAAAAUGAAAAAUGAAUGGCAAAAGGAGAUAGUUGAAGAAAUAAUCGAUAGUAUUGGAGAGAGACAAAAAACUAUGGAUAAAAUAUAUCAGGAAGUUUCAAAACCAAAACAGGACGAUUCUUUGGCCGAAGUGCAUGUUCAUAGUAUAAUAAAAAAAUUCGACCAGAAGUUUUUGCCAUCAGAGCCGCCACAGCCUCCUGCAAAACCAAAGAUAAUGCCACGUAGUCUUCUUGAAAAACCACCUGACGUUCAAAAGAAAGAUUGGGUUAAAAAGCCGGCUGUUCCACCUAGAAAUAUUUCAAAUAAAGUGAGAGGUACGCUUAAUAAAAGUCAUAGUACACCUGCUUAUGAUUUAACAGAAGAAAGUCCGCAAACGACUAAGUCUGUUGUUGAGCCGAAAUUGCCAGAUAUAACAGAAAAAAAUGAAGACAAGCCAGGAAAGCGGGAAAGUUUUUACGACGUUUCCGGUCUUUCAAAUACAAAUAUUAAAUAUGAAUUAGGUAUACCUCUAAUAGAGCCGAAAAAUAUUGAAAUUACUCCAGGAAAAUUAGACGAAUCGUCAGCUGAGACUUCGCCAGAAGUAAAACAUGAAAUUAAGAAAGACGUGCCUCCGAAACCUCCUCCAAGAUCUUCAGCUACUACUCUUACUUAUAAGCCUCGGUACCCUGAUCCGAUUGCCCCUAAACCGAGAAAAUUGAGCGACAACGCUGAUGAUAAGAACUGCACAUUAGAUAAAAUGAAUAAGGAUUAUGAAAUGCACGGUGCACUUAAGUCUAAUCAUCAAAAUUAUUUAAACAGCCAACAAUUUUUUCAUACACAAGAAAUACCUAAAAUAGAAAUAGAUCCACCCCAAAAGACAUCACUUACGUCUGAAGUUUCAGUGCCCUUUUCAAAAAUUACGGAAACCUCUCCAGUAAUUAAAAUCGACACGCACAAAACUGAUACACACAAGUCACAUGAUACUAAGGUAUCACCAACGAAUUCAGUCGUUCGCGCAUUUUAUUCAUCCAAACAUAAAGCGAACAAAAAGAAGAAUUCUUUAGUAGCCAAAAGAAGAAAGGUUUCUGUUAAAGAUGUCAGUCCUGGUGAAUUAUCCGGAUAUCUUUGUCAGAGGUUGCGAUCGAAACACAGUCAGAAUGUACACUGGGAAAAAAGAUGGUUUGUACUAAGCUGUGAUAAUCUCUACGGUUUUAAAAAUAAAGAUUCUACAAAAGCAGAUUGCUUAAUUUUUCUUUCUGAUUAUACCGUAUCCGUUGCUACAGAGGUUAAAUCCCGGGCCAACGCUUUUAAAGUGUACCAUACUGGCACUGUAUUUUAUUUCUCAGCAGAAAAUUCAGAAAUGCUCACGAUGUGGAUGGACGAAUUAUCUACAGCAACACUACAUAAUGAUCCAUGUAAAGAUACAGUUCUUGGAUUGUACUCAGAAACUGACGAUUCAGACUCCGAACAGAAAAAUACUGAAUUUACUAUUUCCAAACCAACUGAAUCAUUCAAGAAAUUUGGGUCACUAAAGAAACUUACUCCCACGAAAACAUUUUCAACGUCACAAUGUGGUAGCUCCAGUUUAGAUAGAAAAUGGUUUUUUAAUAAAUCCAACUCCUCAAAUAGAACUCCUCAACCUGUGCCCACUGAACAAUUUAGAUCGUUUCGUAAGAUGUCGUCCACAAGUACGACUGAAAGCGUGUCAACGGGAAAUUUUACAUCACAUGUACCGAAUUUUUCUCCAAAAUAUCAGAAUGAGAACGCAGUACAAAGUCAAAACGUAAGUGCUCCAAAUCUUAUAACGGAUACUUUUAAAAGAGGUGAUUCUGAAAGAAAGAAACCCGUUAUAAAAACAAAGCUCACUAACUAUGUUCACGCUAGUAAUCCGAAUCUCUUCGAUAUGAGGGAUCUUCACAUGCUUAAUUUUCAUAAAAUAAAUCCUUUUCAACAGAACAAUGACAGUUUGGCUGGGUUUGUUACACUAGAAGAAUUAAUGAAUCGACAAAGAGAAGAUCAAAAAUUAAAUCCUACUUUCCACGAGAACAUUAAUGCAAAUCUUAUACAACCGGACGUUGUUUAUGGAGAAAUUUCAAUAAGACCAAAGGAAGAUUAUCAUACUGUAGAGAAAAAGAAGGAAGAAGAAAGUGUUGGUAUUUUACAUGAUUCAUCAAAAAAAAAGAUAUCAAGAACAACUUCUGAAUCAAGUGACACUGAAGUUCCUAAAGAGAACUUAAAGUGUAUUGUGGAAUCUCCUAAUCAAGCUAAUGAAACUACUUCAUUCUGCUUUGGUAAACGAGGGUCAUUAAAAAAGAGAAAAAGCAAAAAAGAGGCGCAUUAUUCCGAGGUAUACGGAGGUGACGAUAGUUUUAAAAGUUCUUGGCCGUCACGAAGUAAAGAUUCAAAUAAAUUUUUAUGUGCUGAUUCCAGAAUGAUUCAGUCUGAAUUUUCAUUUGCCAAUAGGAAGCUUUUGAAGAACAAAGAAUACUCGGCUUCAGCGACCAAUUUAGAUCAGUCAAGUAUGGAAGCGUUGAAUGAAUUAGAGAAUGCAGGUGUAAAGCUCCCGAAAAGUGAAUCUGGAAAGAAAUUCAAAAAGGUUGUAAAGCAGCACAGUUUCAAUUCUGAUAGAAAAGCAGUUACAAAACCUUUUGCAAGUGGUGAUUGUCGUGAAAAAUUUUGGAUCGAUUCGUUAAGAAAAACUGAUAAAGUUUGUGACAAAAAUAGCUCAAAAGUGAAGUUGAAGUCGGCAGUACAGUAUACGCCAAUGUCUUUACCACUUGCCAGUGAUCAAAGAGGAAAAUUAAAUGCAAAAUUUGCUUUUGAAUUAAACCUGAAUGAAAAAGGUACAAAGGUUGGAAAGAGUAAAGGGUUUUUUUCUAAACAGGCUGAUGGAAAGAAAGAAAAGACAUUUUUGGGCUCUCCCAAAUUGCAUAGGGCCGUAUUUGGAAAGAAUAAGGCAAUUGAUCAUUCACACUCAUUUGAUUCAGCAGAAUUACAUUCGACUACAUUUUUGGAUAACUAUGUAAUGAAGGAAACUGUAGAAGAGGUUUCUGCUCUUUCAUCUCCAUCUCACAUUUUCCCGUCUGCAGAUUAUCCUGGUUUAGAAUAUCCUCCUACUUUUGAGCCAGAAACGUAUUCAUUAGCCGACCCCAAUUCAAAUAUAUCAUUGUUGCGAAAACAAGAGAGACUCAAGAAAGAAAAAGAUAAUGGAACUGCUAAUGGUUAAUUCCUUCAAUAGAAUAUAGGAUUUUUAUUUGUAAUUAUCGACAACAGAAAUAGUCAAAUACUUAAG